CCGGAGAGCUUUGACCCCACGGUAGAACGUCAUCUGAUACGGACGCACCCCUAACACUCGAUUAUUGACGUUGCAUCGCCGCAGAUCGUGCGAGGACUCGCACGGCGGGCUGAUCCUACCCGAGGCCCGAGUUAACCCCUCCAUGGCGAUCAUGAUCAACAUCGACUCCAGAUACAAUAGAUACCCCAGAAACCCCCCAUGUCAAGAUGUGACGUUGUGAUACUCGGCCCUUGUUGACGCAAGGUGAGCCAAAGUCUACAAAGAUGACUGGCAGCCAGGUCAUGGGCUCUGAGACACCACGGCCCGGUCAUCCCUUGCGUACCUUGCUUAGUUGAACAAGACCACAUGCACGCUACCAUGCUGCCUCUCGUCUCGCUUGGGCUCUGCGGCCUCGCUCUGGCUCAAGACUGCCCGGACUACGUCGAUUAUGCCGCUGAGCGACAUCCGCCCUUCUCUUCAGGUAUCUAUGAGUACCCGUACCAGCGGCCCGCCGGAGAGUGCCAUACUCACAAGGUCGACGAGGUUGAGGAGAUUAUUGGAAAAGGCAUGAACGACACAAUCGCGGAUCGUGACCUCCACAGGCUGUUUGAGAACACAUGGCCGAAAACCCUGGAUACCACCCUUGCGUUCAUCAUCACUGGCGAUAUUGAUGCCAUGUGGAUGCGAGACUCGUCCAACCAACUCCAGUCCUACAAGUUGCUGCUGCCGAACGACCAAAUCGCCAGGCUCUUCCGUGGUGCCAUCAACCUCCAAGGUCGCUACAUGCGCCAGAGCCCCCAUUGCAAUGCGUUCCAACCCCCUCCCGAGUCUGGCAUUCCUCCGACGUUGGACAAUGCGGAAGGCGAUGUGGUUUCCCCCCCUUAUGACCCCGAGUUUGUCUUUGAGUGCAAGUACGAGAUCGACUCGCUCGCCGCGUUCUUCCAGCUCAGCUGGGACUACUACGAAGCAACCGACGACGCGGACUUCUUUCGCAAAUUCGGCUGGAAAGACGCGGUUCGGACUAUUCUCGAUACCGCCAACGACAUGAAGCAGGGCACAUAUGCGGACGAUGGCCGGGUCCUGCCGUCUCCGUAUACCUGGCAGCGCAAGGCGACAAGUGCCUCGGAGACUGUGGCCAACCACGGCACUGGUGCGCCCGUCAAGGGCAACAUUGGUCUCGUGCGAAGCUUCUUCCGGCCGUCGGACGAUUCCUGCAUCUAUCAGUACUUCAUUCCAGGCAACAUGAUGUUUGCUCGCUAUGUUAAAGCUGCGGCUGAGAUCAUGAACACCAUUGACGAGGGUAUGGCCAAGGAGAUGAGGGGCGUGGCAGAGGGCAUAGAGCAAGGUAUCCAGGAGCAUGCCGUUGUCAAGCAUCCCAAGUUUGGCGAUGUCUACGCUUUCGAGAUUGACGGGUUCGGCUCGUUCAACCUUAUGGAUGACGCCAACCUUCCAUCGCUGCUCAGCAUCCCUCAUCUAGGAUACUUGCCUGUUGAUGACCCCGUGUACCAGAACACGCGCGCCUUUGUCCUCAGCAAUAUGAAUCCAUACUACGCAUACGGUGGUCCACACCUUGGGCCUGGCAAUGGAUGGCCAAUGGGUGUCAUCACGCAAAUUCUCACCACUGAGGAUGACGAGGAGAUUUCGAGUAGUAUUCGUAUGCUUAUGGAUUCAACGAGUGGGUUGGGCCUGAUGCAUGAAACUGUGAAUAGCCACGAUGAUUCACAAUGGACACGGCCGUGGUUUGCGUGGGCGAAUGGAUUAUUUGGGCAGAUGAUACUCGAUCUGGCGGACAGGGAACCCGAUUUGUUGAAAGCAAGCUUUCACAAGUGAGCGAAAUCGAUAGUCUUGACUUGCUUCCAAACGACGAAAAGACCAUUUCGAAGAUAGCGUAGGGUAGGUAGUCUAGCCAGAUCUCGUCGUCGGCAUUCCACACUUUACACCGAUACGAGUAAGUCGUUUGGGCGAUUGGCUCCUACAUCGUAGGUAGCCAUAGGUACGAAGCCAGACAUCAAUGGACAUUGCUUGAGCCGGCGCUUGCCUAAUUGUUCCCCACGGCCCGUUCAGACAUUGACUUGCCGAUGACAUGAUGCCUUCAGUAGAUCGCAGCGAGCGGC